AUUGAUGGAUUGUUAUUUAUAAAAUUUAAAUGUCACAAGGACAUAAAUUGAUGUUCCGAGUGAUCGAGAUGCAAAUAUAUUUAUAUGUAUACAUAUAUUAUAAGAGAAGAAGAGUACAUGAUGAAUAGAUAAAUAGUUAUGCACACACGACAUGCGACAAGCUCAGUGCAUUAGCGAGGGACUACGAGCUUGAUCAUGCAUCGGAAGUAUCGGCAUUAACUGAAUCGCGUAUAUCCGCUCGGGUGAUUUUCUGAGAGUUAUUUGACAGACGUGUAGCUUUUUUCCAUUGUUACAGUCUCUAUAAUUUAAAAAGUUCACAUUCAAUUAAAACUUUAAUAACAAAAAUUCCAAUUACUAUUUUUAUUUUUUAUUAUUAAAUUAAAUGAUAAAAAGUAACAUUAAAAUCGUGGUUUUCCUGUUGAAGUUCUACCAUACGUAAUUUUUAUAAUCUGCAAUCUAAAAGUUUCAAUUUCAACUAUUAUAUCGGUGUUGACAAUGUACGAGUGGUCAAAAAAACACCAGGUGUUGCGUCUUAUCGCCAUUGAAAUCAUCCUGAUGGUGGUUAUGGGAUUAUUCACAAGCUACGGACCCGAGGCGGUGCCACCAACUAGUAGAUCAUCGGUUAAGGGUAACGGAGUGUCCACCUCUACGCCCAACUCCAAUAUUUUACAAAAAGACACAUCUGUCUAUCUUUAUGCUAUGUACCAAGAUGUUCACGUGAUGAUAUGGGUUGGUUUUGGCUUCUUAAUGACAUUUCUCAAACGUUAUGGACACAGUGCUGUAGGAUUAACGUUUCUCGUUGGAGCGAUACUUGUUCAAGUCGCUAUACUUUUUGAUGGAGUCGCUAACAUCGGCAAGAAUGGCAAAGUACCACUUUCUUUAACUGGACUUCUAAAUGCCGAUGUUGCUGUUGCCGCUCCACUGAUUUCAAUGGGGGCAGUUCUAGGGAAAACUACUUACAUGCAGCUAAUUGUGAUGGGAAUUAUCGAGUUGGCAAUUUUUUCUGUCAACAAAUAUAUUGGAGAACAUAUUUUUAUGGCAAUUGACGCUGGAGGAAGUAUGUUUGUUCAUGUAUUUGGUGCGUACUUUGGUUUAGCUGUCAGCUUCGCUUUUGGCAUUAAAGAAAAACCCAAGGAACAUCAUCUAGAGGGAUCAAAUUAUCAAUCUGACAUAUUCGCAAUGAUUGGUACAAUUUUUCUGUGGCUCUUUUGGCCUUCCUUUAAUAGCGCUUUAUUGCAGGGCGAUGAUCAACAGCGAGCUAUAAUAAAUACGUUGCUUGCAAUAACAGCUAGCUGCGUAGUAGCAUUUGCUACCUCAGCUUUAGUUUCGGAUGAACAUAAAUUUAACAUGGUUCAUGUACAAAAUUCGACACUGGCAGGCGGCGUUGCAAUCGGAACAGCUGCGGGAAUGAUGUGUGAACCCAUUUUAGCAUUAAUUGUGGGUGGUUUUGCGGGAAGUCUAAGCGUUUUUGGAUACAAAUAUCUCACUCCAUUGAUACAAAAAAAAUUAAAAAUCCACGAUACAUGUGGAGUCCAUAAUCUUCAUGGUAUGCCGGGAGUAGUUGCGGGAAUAUUUGGCGCUUUAAUGGCUGCAAUUGCUUCUGAAGAUAAAUACAGUGAUUCACUUUAUCAGAUGUUCCCGGCGAGAGCUCCAAGUGGAGGUGAGAGACUCAUCGAAUUAAAAGAAUUAGGAAUUGAUGCUGGAUUUGAUAGGACAGCUGGUCAUCAAGCUGCUUACCAGUUACUCGCAUUAAUCGUUACAUUAGUAGCUGCUAUUGUUUCUGGCGUAAUUACUGGUGUUAUUUUACGUAUUGAUAUUUGUGGUACAGUACCCGAAGUCAAUAAAUUUAAUGAUGCAUUUAUUUGGGAACUCGAAGAUGAAGCACAAGAAAAUAAUUCUAAAGUCGUAGAACAAGUUCCCAUGAGCCAUAUAUAAAAUAAUAUAAUCAAUAAUUAAAUAUAAUUUCAUUAUAUUCAUAUCUUCGCUAAAAAUUAGUUUGAAGAAUUUUUAAAUAACUUUGAUUAACAAUGCUAUUAACUUUAUCUUUUAUAAAUAUACAAAUUAGUUAAUUCAAGCCUAAUCAAUUUAUAUAUAUAAAUUGUUUUUUUUUUUUCGAUUUUUUUUUUUUUCAUAAAUUUUGUAAAAAAAAUUAUUUCAUGAGAGCAUGAACCACGGCCUUGGCGUUUAAUGUUUUUAAAUCGGUAUAAGUUUGACCUGUGCCAACAAAAACAAUGGGCUGGCCAGUGAUGUAAGUCAUAGAAAUAGCUGCACCAACCUGUGACAAUAAAAAUAAAUAUUAGUUAUAAAA